AUGUUACAAAUAGAAAAACGUUUAAGAAAUGAGUCACUGCAAGCCCUUCGAUUUAUAUUUUCUAUAUUUGUUUGUGAUGAAACCUAUUUACCAACAGAGGACUCAGAAGCUAAGGACAUUUCUUUGGAUCUUUUACCUGAUGCCUGGCGAACAAAUAGAAGUCCUCAGUUUCUGGAUUCUAAGCCUCUUCUUGACUUCAGGGAAUCACAGAAAUUCAGCAGGCACUUAUUUCGAGUGAAGAGAUCAAUUUUCUUUCCUACUGGAAUCAAAGUAUGUCCAGAUGAGUCUGUUGAACAGUCUAUUGCCAAUCAUCUUAAAUAUUUUAAACUUAGAGUCUGCCAGGAGGCAAUUUGGGAAGCCUUCAAAACUUUCUGGGAUAGACUCCCAGGACAUGAAGAAUACCAAAAGUGGCUAAAUGAAUGUGAGGCAGGAACUAUGAAUAUAUUUGAAAUGGGCACCAACUUCAGUCAAUCUGAAGAGUAUCAAAGCCUCAUAGCAAAGACCAGUAAUGAGGUAACAAGGGAUUAUAUAAAACUGAUGAAACCUGUUCAUGAGCAGAUGGUUGUAUUCAGUAUUCUUCUUGCUGAAGAGAAAUACAUCAAUGAGCUGAGUGACCCCUUCACUGAAGAAUACCAACAACUCUCUCAACAAUUUAUUUCUGAAAUUCAGAAUGCAUAUGAAGGACUGCCUGGAUACAAGAAUAUCCAUGUAACUGAAUUCAGCAGUGUAGAAGUCCUGUACGCUGUGGUUUUUGAUAGGGAAGCCAUCAGCAACGUUAUCUGGGAUUGGAUUACCCUCCAGCCUAACAAAGUGGAGGAGAGCUCCUUUUCAGAGAUUGAAGAUAACUCAACAGUUGUUUACACAGAUAGUGACUUCAGACAUUAUAUUGCUGAGAUUCUCCAUAAGAACAUUCUAUCUGAGAAUACGUCAUUGCCCUUGGAUCUUGGUUCUCUCCAGCUCAUUAAUGUAAAGGAAGUGGUCUUUUCUGUGACUGAUGUCCCAUCAUGGGUUUCUGCUAAGCCUACUGAUGAUGAUCAUGCCAUAGUAUCUGAGUGGCCUUCUGCUGAUGAGUCAACCCCAGGCAACAUCUUGCCGUUUGACUUGCCUGGUCCAGAUUUCAUCUUUGAUAGUGACAAUAAUGUGUGGUUAAGACCAGAUGGCUUUCUGAACCCUGAAAGUAUCUUCAAUUCACUAUCAAAAAUUACUCUCCAUUCAAAAACUGAUAUCAGCAUUUCCCCAGAAGAUUUGCUUUUUACAGAUGAAAAACAGAAAAUACAUUCUGGCACACCACAAUUCUUUGAAACUGAUUACCAUGUGGACUUGGAAAGCCUUUCUAAUUUGUCUUUGUUAGAAGAUGGACUUGAAAAUCAGAAAGAGUUGGAAGGUUUGUUUGUGCCUUCAACUGCUCUCCCUCACAUUGUGCCAAAAGAAAUUCUACCCCCAAGUGAUUCUGCGAUUUCUCUGAGUCUUACAUCACCAUCAGCUUCUGUUUUAGCAAUAGAGCCUAACACCGAGGAAGUAUUACCUACAAGCUUUAUAAAAGAGGAAAAUCAGCAGUCUUCUAUAUAUAAUGAAAAAGAUAAUAUUGAUUACUAUGGUUCUGGUUCAGGACAACAGCCACAAACCAAUUUAUGGACCUGGUUUAAAACUGAGGGAUCUGAUAUGCAUGACUAUAAGGAAACAACUGUUAUACUGGAUUCUCCAAAGGAUUAUAUAACUCAGGAUAUACUAAAUGCAACCAUGUCCCAGUCACCCCUUGACACAGAAGACACCUCAGAUGAAAGAGUUGUGACAUCUACUGAAAUGUAUAGCAUAACACAACUGGAGAAUUCCAGUGAAGAUAAUGAAAUCAUUUCUGAAAUAACAGAAAUCUAUGACCAAAUAUUAACACACCAGUCAUCAACAAAUCAACCACAUAUGGCCAUUACAAUAAAAAAAACCCAAAGUAGUGCUCCAAGAACUGGAGGAUUAUUUUUACCAGCAUAUUCUACUGCAGAAAGCCCAGUGAUAAGUAACUUUAUGAGGGAAAAAUAUAUUCCUGAUUCCACAGUACAAGAAGCCUUUGGAUCAGUUGCUCAUAAACCUGUUAUUACUCCAUCUACUGCUGUUAUUUAUCAUUCUGCAGAUGAAAUCACAGAUCUAGUAGCAUCAUCUAGUUUGGAAGAUUCAACAACAGUUACUUAUUUAAAAGAAGUGUCAACUGAUCCCAAUGAUUUCCUUGGAAAAUUCCGUGCCACCCACACUGUUAAUUUUCCACAUAGUGGCUUUGACAGUGAUACAACUAUAACAGAAUAUUCAGCCAGUUCUUUCUCUGACAUGCCUAUCACACAGACAGCUAUCCUUCAAUCUACAGUUAUCUUCCCUGAAUUGGAAAAAGAUCUGGUCACAAAAGAACUCAAAGUUACAGUUCAAGACUAUGAAGGCACGACAUACUAUUCCCAUGAAAUGAACCAGGAAGAAGGAAGUAUGAUUGACAGUCAUGUAGAGCUACCAACCCAUGCCCAUUCUACUGAAGUGGUUGGGGUAUCGGGGAUUAUUCAUCAUAAUCCCAACAAUGUGACUAUCCCUGCACGUGCUUUAGUUGUAUUCUUUAGCCUUCGAGUUACUAACAUGAUUUUUUCGGAGGAUUUGUUUAACAAAAAUUCCCCUGAAUAUAAAGCCCUGGAGCAAAGAUUUUUAGAACUGCUGGUUCCUUAUUUGCAAUCAAAUCUAACUGGCUUCCAGAAUCUGGAAAUUCUGAACUUCAGGAAUGGUAGUAUUGUGGUUAACAGCCGAAUGAAAUUUGCACGGCCUGUGCCUCGCAAUGUCACUAAUUCUGUGUACAUGAUUCUGGAAGACUUUUGCAACACUGCCUACGAAACUAUGAACUUGGCUAUUGAUAAGUACUCUCUUGAUGUAGAAUCAGGAGUCCAGGCUGACCCUUGCAAGUUCCAGGCAUGCAAUGAGUUUUCUGAAUGCUUGGUGAACCAGUGGAGUGGAGAGGCUGAGUGUGUUUGUUAUCCUGGUUAUCUAAGUGUUGAUGGAAUGCCAUGUAAUAGCAUUUGUCUUCUGCAAACUAAUUUUUGUCAGAAUGAUGGCAAAUGUGAUAUAAUCCCAGGCCAAGGAGCAAUAUGUAGAUGCCGUGUAGGUGAUAACUGGUGGUAUAGAGGAGAGCGCUGUGAAGAGUAUGUCUCAGAGCCCCUUGUUGUGGGAAUUGCAAUAGCUUUAGUAGCUGUCUUCCUUCUUGUAGCCUCUACUGUAACUUUCUUCCUGGCCAGAACUCUUCGAGAUCAGAACACAAAAAGUGAAAUUGAGGACUCCUUCAUGCAAGGAGACAGCCUUUCAUCCAUUGAAUAUGCAGUGAAAUACAACCCAAUGUAUGAGAGUGAUACCACUGGAUACAGCCACUAUUAUCGGAGCUAUCCACAGCUAACUUCAUAUAGUCCCACAAGCAAUGAGACAUCCACUGAAUAUAGCAGUGAAGAGAUCAGACACAUUUAUGAUAACAGAGAAUUAAGUAAGGAGGAGAUUCAGGACAGAAUAAGGAUUAUAGAACUUUAUGCCAAGGAUCAUCAGUUUGUGGAGUUUGUAAAACGGCAUCAGAUGUCAUUGCUUUAAAAACUGGAUCCAGUACAAUGGUCAUGGGAGAUAAAUCUGAACAGUGUUGCGACAGGGAUGGCACAGACAUGGUUGCAAAGUUUCUUUUAGUGUUUUCAAUGAAGUGUAUGGAUCUUAAUUAUUAUUGGAUUGAUCCCAUUGUCCUUAAUUAUUGCUGAAUGGAGAAAUGUAGGAAAGGCUAUUCGUAACUGGAUUUCAGAGUGCAAGAUAAAAAGAUUUUAAAAGUCAAUUUCACUAACUUGGGGCAGAUUUUAAUUGAAUGUAAAUGUAUUGCUCUGCCACUAUUUUAUUUCUUUGGUGAAUGCUUCCCCCCUUUUGGGGUGGUGGUGGUGAUGUAUAAAUAAAAUAAG